AUGGUUUAUUUAAAAUUGAUAUGUAUCUCAUUUUGUGUAUUAUCUUCAAUGAGUUCAUCACGUGCAGGGACUUUUCGUUCACUUGCAACAGAAUUCAUAAGUGAAUCCCCAACAAUAACAACGACAGUACAAUCGUAUUCAGUAGAACUGGCAACUACUAAUACAAUUAAGAAAUCAAAGGACAUAGAGCUAUUAUCUGAGGCUUAUAGUCAUCAGAUCUUUAAUAGUACCAAUAAUGAACGCACUUUAUUAACAAGUUCACUUAGCUUUUGGGAUCAUGUAAAGGCUGAUAUUAACAGUAUAUUAGAAAAAUUAAGAUCAGAUAUUCACAAUAGUACUAAAGAUUUUGGAGGAUUUAGGAACAAUACAGGGCACUUCUUUGAGGAAGCUGGUAGUAAUAUUGGGCAUAUUAUUUCCAAGGCAAGUUAUUUUAUAAGUCGUUUGGGACAUAAUAUGGAUAAUUUUGUUAAUUAUACUUUCCCUGAAGUGCUAAAUCAUACAAAAAAGCUUGUGCAUGAAGGUGUAAGUUUAUUUGGAGAAGGAGUGGAAGAUGUUUCUAAAGUUGUACAUGAAACUGUCCCGGUAAUUGAGACUAUCACCAAAGAAAUUAGAGGUACAGUAAACGGGACAAAAUCUGACUUAUCGAUAUAA